GCGCGGUCGCUCAGCAGUGACGUAACACGCAGCGGUCGGUGAGGGCGUGCGCGCUCUCGCUUCUUCCUCUUUCUCGGCUCCAUCUUCGCCGUAGCGGCAGCAGGGGUCACAUUUCAGUCGCCGUCAUGCAGCUCUUUGUUCGCGCCCAGGAGCUACACACCCUCGAGGUGACCGGCCAGGAGACGGUCGCCCAGAUCAAGGCUCAUGUAGCGUCUCUGGAGGGCAUCUCCCCGGAAGAUCAGGUUGUGCUCCUGGCAGGCACGCCCCUGGAGGAUGAGGCUACCCUGGGUCAGUGUGGGGUGGAGGCCCUGACCACUCUGGAAGUAGCUGGUCGCAUGCUUGGAGGCAAAGUCCAUGGUUCUCUGGCUCGUGCUGGGAAAGUGAGAGGUCAGACUCCCAAGGUGGCUAAGCAGGAGAAGAAGAAGAAGAAGACCGGCCGGGCCAAGCGGCGGAUGCAGUACAACCGGCGUUUUGUCAAUGUCGUGCCCACCUUCGGCAAGAAGAAGGGCCCCAAUGCCAACUCGUAAGCCCUUUGUAAUCCUAACUCGCUCUAAUAAAGCCAUUUAGCCCAG